UGAAUGUGUGUGAACAAAUGAUUAAUUCAAUCAAAAUAAAAAAAAAUGCAAAUAAAUACAAAAUUAGAUUAAUUUAUGAAUUCAAGAGCACAAAUUUAGAUUUUAUUUAUCAUUAUUUAUCUAAAGUAUUAUCUGUUUUCUCCCCCAGAGACGCACAGGUUCCAUAAUGUUGUGAUAGACUUUAUUCAUACUGCACACUCCUAAUUUAAAUAUCAAUGUGUGUGUGUGUGUGUGUGUGUUCGGCUGAGAUAAAGCAGUUCAUUUAUAUUCCCGUCUGCCUGCUGAUUGAUGGUUGAUGGAGCCUCGGGGGGAUUUUGUUUCUGCCAGAUGGUUUGAUUCAGCUCCAAACUAUUAUCACUGUGACUGUGGGGUCAAAGGUCAAACUGCCUGCUUUAAUGUGAAGCUAAUUUCAGCCAGAUUGGAUGAAAGGUUGGAGAGUCAAAGGCUCUUUAUGGAGAACGAGUGAAUCCAUGUAAAGGAAUGAGUUCUUCUUAUACAACAUCUGAUCAAAUGUGGCCAGAAAUCAAUUCAAAUUAACACUUACGCGCUGUUGCCGCCUCCUUAAUGUGUUGUUUUAUAUUAAAUUAAUAAGAAUAUGAAGAAACAUCCACUCACAUCAAGGCUGGAUUACAUCAUUUGGGUCUACAUAUUCUGAUUAAUUGAAAAUUAGUUAUAAAUUAGCAGCAGUUGAGUCCAGUCUGAACACAAACAAGCAACAAAACUCUACAAAUGUUAAAAUCUUUCACUUCAAAAAUGUUUGUUGAAAAACGAACAUGUAUUCAUGCAGACAGUAAUCUGCCGAAAAACCAGACAAAGUGUCAUAAAUAUUCCUGCUGCAAUUAACAAUUAAAAAACAACAUAAACACAAUAAAAAAAAGCUUUUGUUGUUUGCUCUAAAAAUAUUUUCACCUCAGACAAACAGGAUUUUCCUCUUUCGUAUAAUAAAAUUUAAUUUUGAUUGAUUUGAAAGGUACGGUGGCCCUGAGGUGCAAAACACAACAACACUGGAUAAAAUAUAACAACAAAUUAGAAGAAAACACAACAAUUAAACAUCAAUGUUAUCUUAUGAAAUGCUGUGACAACUAUGUUAGAAAAUAUUUGGUUCUCUGAUAAAAACAUAAAAACUUGGUGGCAGAAGUUUAACUACAACUCCCAAGGUGCAUUUCAGCAUGAAACAGCCAAUCACAGAAAUUAGACUUGCAGAAGCUAAAAUUUACAAUGUUGAGAAAAACAGUUUUACAAUCUGCAGAUUAAAUCAGUUCACUUUUAAUUUCUGGGUCACUUUUGAGUGAAUUCAGUAACUAUGGCGACACGUUUUGUUUACGUGUUCAUUACAUUCUGAUUCAUGCCCACGGCUUCUUCUCAAUAGCAACGGCAGCAGAGGAUCAUGGGUGUUGUAGUAUUUUCAGCCACCGAAAUCAGGGACAAAAUGUGAUUUCUCAGAAACGACGUGUAAAUAAUGUGAACUGGUGGUCAGAAUAUAAACCUGUGGGAUCGUUACAUUAACAAGAGGAGUCAGUAACAUUGAGGAGAUAAAUAAACAUUUAAAAUGGGAACACAUAAUGAGGAAAACUCUAUAAAGAACCAACUGUGUAAAAAGCAAAAAAUAAUACCAGUUUGAAAGAAAAACUAAACAUCUCAAGGAUCAGAGAUUUCAUAAUUUAUCUAAUUUAAUGUAUUUUACUGUAUUAUUAAUUUAAUUUUAGUUGCGGUAGUUGUUUUAAAGCAGUUUGAAUAUUCUCGUGUAUGAAACAGACUCUAUUAGUAAACUUGCCUAAAAAUAAAGUCAAACAUAAAAUCUCCAAAACAAAUUGAAAAACAAUAAAAAGUUAAAUCAAAAACGAAUCUCCUGUUUCAUCUCCAAACUUCCAUCUAAAUGUUGUUUAAAAUCAGUUCAGUAGUUCAUGAAAUAACCAAACAAACACAAACUGGAGCAAAAUCUCUUCAUAUAAAUGAAGCAGAACAACGAGGCAGAGCAGAGAGAACAUAAAUCUUUCAGCUUCAUGCUGAUCGGAGGCCAAACACAUUAUAAAAAAAAGAGAAAAUAUUUGAUGAAAUACUCCCCGGUUUGUCCUCUGCUUGCUCUGCAGCAGCAGGACGACGGAGGCCCGCAGGCGUCGAGUCAAACCUCCAGAGUCUGCUUGUAAUCGACCGCCACCUCGUUUCACAUCAGCGAGCGACCCGACGGAGCAGCUGGAUAUUAACACGAGCUGUUCAGUAUGUGGGACAAACUGUGUGACCAUGAUCACAGGAGGCCUGUACGCUGCAGCAGCAGGAUGUGAGUUAUGAGACACUCGAGUUAAAGGAGCAUACCGCUGCUUUUAUAUGUCGGAGCCCAUUAAUGAAACAUCACUAAUAUACUCUCCAUCCUCUGUCUAAAGUCUACAUAUCACUGUUUGUAUGAUUUAUGAAUAAUAAUUGUUUUUUGUGUGUGUGUGUGUAUUUUUUAAUUUUAUUGAACAAAUGGGCACAAAUUAUGUACCUAAAAUAAAAUACAUAGCCUACAACUACAAAAUAAAAUAAAAAUAAACAAAACAAAACAAAUACCACCAGCUAAAUACAUUAAAAACUUAACAGGACAAAACAAACAGACAAAAAAGGUAAAGUAAAUCACUCUGCUUCACAUUUUGAGCCUCAGUCAGCAGCUUAAAAAUUUAAUUCUCAAAAAAAAAAGCUUCCCAUUGUAGUUUAAAAAUUAUGAUUCAAGGGUACAAACUAAGAACAAACAAAAACAUAUAUAUAUAAUAUAUAUACAUAUAAAUCUUCUUGUCCUGUUUAUAAUUCACCAUGUUCUGAUAUUUUAACUUCAACCAGGACUCAAAAUAUCCCGCCCACCUUCAAAAAUUAGAUUUUGUUCUAUAUUCUUACAAAUAUCCUGUUGAAGAGUCCACUGAUACACUGAACAUUUCAAACAUUGUGUUAAGUUUUUGUCUUUUAGUGCCUUUAAAUAUAAAAGCUUCUUCAUCUUAAUGAUGUUAUUCAGGUUUUUUCCUUCUUCAUUUGUGACCUGUAAGUCACAGAGUGAAAGGACGGCUACGGGAACAGAGAACCAGAUUUUAUUUUAUUUUAUUUUAUUUUGGAGUCUCUGUUGCAUCAUGUUUUUAUGUCUGAUGUGUUUAUUGUUUAUGUUUGUGUAUUCUCUUUCUGUGUGUGUCAGUAUAUACUGACAACCUGUCAAACAGCUUCUCAAAACAAGACAUUUUUCUCUAUUUUGUAACAUUUUAUAGACUUUAUAUGCUUCAUUCUCUAUUAUUUUAUUUAUAUUUUUAAACCUUCAUUUUAAUUAUUCUAAAGUUAAAAUACCUUUUUGCAUUUACGCUACUUUAUCACCAGGGAUACCUUAUCCUGGGAAACACAAUUUCAUGUCAUCAUAUGUAAUAUUUGAACUGAAAAGUAUAAAUGUAACUGUGGUGAGAUGAUAAUAAAGAUCUUUGUAUUUGUAUCUUGUUCAAAAUGUUUGUUUAAUAAUCUGCAGAUUAAUCGAUAAUGUAAAUAAAAUAAUCAAUGACCUUUUCUGUGGAAAAAACACAUCAGACCCAUUAUCUUUCAAAGCAGAGUAUUUCUACAUGUUUUAAAACGUGUGAAAGAGAUCUUUAACAAGUACAUAUAAGUUCUAUAAAUGCUUCCGUUUAAAAGACUGAACAGAGUUUCAUUAGGUUCAAAAAUGUGUUGAGCUGCCAGUUAAAGAAAAAAAAGAUUUAAAGCUCCUUUCUGCUAUGAAAGUGAUCAAUUUUUGUUUUCAUUUUCAUUUUAUUGAUAUAUUUUAGCAGGAAAAACUAUGAAAAACAGUCAGUUUAGAAGCAGUUUUAUAAAAUAGCUGAUACUAGUGUUUAUAAAUGUCUCUGUGUUUAUAUUGUUAUUAUGACAUUUUAAUCAGAAUCUGAAUAACUCUGAUGUUCUUUUAGUCUGGAGUUCAGAAUAAUUACACUGUUUUUUUAACAAGGAACAAAUUAUAAAACUCAUAUACUUAAAAAAAUAAGAAUUCAAUAAUAAAAUGUCUUUUAAAUUGUGCUUUUAAAACAACUUAAAAUAACAGCUGUGUAUGCUGUAUGUUGGAUAAUGCAUCAUUUAAAUGUAAAUUUAGUUAAUUUAACUAUUUACAGUUGCUUUAAUGUAUCAGUGUAUUAACUGAUUAUUAUCAAACACUGAAUCUGUCUAUAAUUACUCUAGUGGCAAAUUACAGACUUUUUUGUGUGUUUUUAAGUGUGUGUGUGUGUGUGUGUGAGAAAACCAGUUUAAGUUCAAAUUAUUUAUUUCUCUCGAGAGGCUGAUUAUUAUUUUAGUGUUUCUAACCUGAAGGUACGUCUGGUCUAAUUCUGAGGAGUCACAUGAUUAUUAAACGGACAACUAAGAAAAUUCAUUAACUUUAGUGAGCGUAACAUCUGUCUACAUUAAUGCUGUAACCUGUAAUGUGGCGUCACAAGUAGAUUUUGCUUCAUCUUAAGAGGCUAAAACCCAAAAACUGCUGUUUUUUCUGAUGACUACAGAAGCUCCAUCAGAAAUCUGCCCACUUUAAAGCUGCAGUAACCGCUGGUUUGGCGAACACGAUGACAUCAUCGCUCUGUAUGUCCUGUGGGAAACUGAAUCCUUCUUAUUUGUUAACAGUUAUUAUAUCAACAAAAAAACUUUAAUUAUCCAGUGAUGAUGGGUGAAAUGACGCCCACGGAGUCUUUAAUCUUGUAUUUUCCCACAGAGGAUCUGUUUGGUGAGGUAGGCGGAUAAAAAUGGUGUUUAUUGUUUUCUGUUUGGUGAAAAGCAGCUCGUGUCUGUGCAGGUUUGAAGCUGAUAAGACCCAGACUGCGGGAUUAUGGUAAUAACAGGCUGCCACUGGCUGACUGACUGCUGGGUCCCAUCACUACAGAGCGGGUGGGUGGGCUUCGGACGCUUAUCACCGUGUUGCAGAGGGCGAUUCUUCAUACAGUCACAUGACGGGCGACACCUUGAUUCACACUGCAGCCGCACAAAGAACAGCUCAGCGGUUUUUAUCACCAAAAACGAGGACGAAAUAACCACCCGAUGGUGCGUGUUGAUUGUUUUAAAAGCACAAAUUAUCCUGUCAGUCACCUGAAAUGUGACUGUUUUUGUAAGUGAAGGACUCGGUCUAGUAGAUAUUAUCAGUAAUAGUCAAUAAUGAGCUUUUAAGAGGCGUUGUCGCAUUUUUCAGAGGGUUGUAAAACUCAAGCGAGGUGAAAAAAAACAGAAUUUAACUAGUCUUAUCUAAAGAAAACAAUACAAACAAUCAUUUUCAGGUGAACGGCUGCUUUCGUGUGGUCAAAGGCGUGAAAGAGAAGCGUUUCUGCGCAUCGUACAACGCCAUCAACUCAUCUGAUAAGAACGCUGCUCUGCGGCUCCUUCAGCAGAGCCGGUGACCUUCAGGUUAGAAAACCUGUUUCCUGAAACACACUUCAGUCAGUUUGCACGAAGAGGUUUUUAUUCUAUUCAGAACGAGCUCGCAGGAAAAACACAAAAGGACUCCUGGUGCAUCUUUUUCCAGAACGCAGAAUGGGAUGAAACUGUAUGUACAGUUGCCAAGGAGACAGCAGGCAGAGAGGUAGUUAGAGGCUGUUAACCCACACACCCUGUGUUUUCAUUCACACUCUCUGCUCCGUCCUCAGGAAUCACUUCAGAAGACGCAGCCAGACACUCAACACAGUGGAAAAGCAGCUCAGAAACAGUAGAGCCAAGGGAUGCUGCAGCUUUAAAUGGACAUAAUUGAGUGUCAAUGAUCACCACAUCAGCUGCAGAGUAACUAAUGCAGGCAAUCAGCGAGCUCACACAUGCUUGCCCUCCUAACACACAAAUCACAAAAACAGGGAAAGAAAAGCUCAGCAGCCUCAGCUGUGUGUCCGUCACGCUCUCACGCUCACUUCAAUUCUCAUUUCUCCUCUGGUUGCAGCCCGCUGGAGCCGGCGCUGAGGAAUUAUCUGCUGUCAGGACUUGUCCGGGACGCCGCCGCCGCCGCACCAACAGGGACGGAAGCUGGGACGAGGAGGGAGAGGGGGGGGGGGAGCUGAGCCAUGCUGUCCACCGCCAUUCAGAUCCUGGCGUUCGCCUUGGCGCUCCUGGGCGUCCUCGGCGCCACGGUGGCCACUCUGCUACCCAACUGGAAGGUGAGCGUCAACGUCUGGUCAAGCAUCAUGACCCCCAUCUCGCAGAUGCAGGGUCUGUGGAUGGACUGCGUCUGGUACAGCUCCGGCGUCUUCAGCUGCACCAUGAAAAACUCUGUGCUGUCGCUGCCGGCGUAUCUGCAGACCAUGAGGGCCGCCAUGGUCCUGUCCUGCAUGGUGGCGUUGUUUGGACUCUGCCUCGCCUCCCUAGGGCUCAAAUGCACCCGCUGGGGGGGCAGCCACCGAGCGAAGGGGCACACCGCCAUCGCUGCGGGGGGCUGCUUCAUCCUUGCCAGCUUCCUCUGCCUGGUCCCCGCGUCCUGGUUCACCAAUGAAGUCAUCACCACCUUCCUGACCACCGACCUGCCAGACAGCAGCAAAUAUCAGCCUGGUGGAGCUCUGUGCGUCACUUUCAUCUCCGCCGGCUUCCUCCUGGCUGGAGGGGUCAUUUUUUGUUUGUCGUGUCCAGGAAGAAGAACAACACGAACGGAGUACGCUGACCCUGACAGACUGUACCGAGAGGGGGAACGGAGGCGAGAGCCGCAAGCGGAGCGCAAACAUCCGAAAAACAGGCAAAACAAAACAGUCCAACUGCAGAUGGACGAGAUGAAGCAGGAGAAACCUCCUCAGGAGAAACCAGAACAGGAUCAGGAGAAGAAGAGCUACUCAUCUCCCUCCAAACUCCCUCAAAAAGACAUCAAGGACAGCUACAGCCUCCAGGAGUACGUUUAAUCCUCACGGCUGGCUGAGUGGGGAAAUGUGGAGUUUUCAGCCGAGGCUUUCUGGCUCAUGGGGAAGGGGGAGGUGAGCUGGGGGGGGGGAGGUGGAAUAAUUACCAAAUGUUGGGAAUGACAGAUUGAGGAUUCAGCCGAAUGUAUCUGAAAUGAAAAGCAGAGAAAACAGCAGAAAGAGGAGAAAAAAUAAACUGCACCAAAUCCUUUAAAAACUGGCGCAGCUUUCUCAUACCAAAGAGCUGAACCUGCUGAUCAUUUAAAAAAAACAAAAAAAAAAACACACACAGCUCUGACUGAGACUGAAAAGCCAUCGUUUUCCAGCUGUGGAUGCUGUCUGCUUUCUGAGAUUAACUCGUGUUCAAACAGAGCCGACCCAAAGCUUUCUGUGGCCCAGAGCAGGAUCGGACUUCCCAACACCAACAACCUGGAAAAGACAUUGUUGCCAUCACAAUUAGGAUAAUAUAUAUACUUAACUUAAUCUGUAUUUUAAAUAAUACAGAUUCUAUAUUGUUACUGUUUAUGUACACAUACAAUAUAAAAACUACAAAAGAAACAGCUACUGUCACUUUAAGAUACACGCACUGAUUUUGUUGUAACACUCUUGAAACCCAAGGUCACAGUAUUUUCUCUGAUUUUAUUUUCCUUCAGGUACCUCAGCUUAACGUGACCAAAAAUAUAAUUUACGACAGACUAGAAUGAAUAACAGUUAAUAUAUAUAUUACCUCAAAUAAUUACAAAUUCUAGAUCACAGAAAUACAGAAAAGAGUUUGUUUGUUAUCUCAACAUUUUGAAAUCCACAUUAAGCUUAAAAACACAGAAAUAUUUGUCUGUUUUUCAUCUAUUAAUAUUGAAUCAUUAAAUGUUUAUUUAUUAUUAAAUAUUGUUUUAAAUUCAUAGAAAUGGCCUGAUAAAGAUGUCUUUUCAACUUAACUAAACUAGUAAGUGUAAUGUUUACCAUGUUCACCAUCUUGGUUUAGCGUGUUAGCAUGCUAACAUGCUCAUGUUUAGUAGGUGUAAUGUUUGCCAUGUUCACCAUCUGAGUUUAGCAUGUUAGCAUGCUAACACUUGCUAAUUAGCAGUAAACACAAAGUAACACCUGCACUAUUCGGUCAUAAACUUAAGUAUUAAGUAUUUCUGGUAGCACUCGAUGAAAAGUCAGAGAAUCACCAAAGUCAGUAGGAUUCAUCCUCUGAAGACUAUGAAUGUUUGUACCAAAUAUCACAAAAAUAUAUCAAAUAAUUGUCGAGACAUUUCACUCUGGAGCAGAGUGGUGGACGGACUUGUAUGAUUAUAAGCCGUGCUGCCAGCAGUGCUAAUAAUCAUACAUGAGAAUAACAGUUAAUACAAUUCAUACAGCAUGCAAGUCCACUGGCUUAUUCCUGUUACCUUUACAUUAAUCAGUAGAAAACACUAUAUAGUAAAAAAAGAAAAUAUUAAAUUAAAAAAUAGGUAAAAAUAAUCUGGAAGAUUUUUGUUACAGUGCUGUUGAGUCUUACAACAAAAUCUUGGAGUGUAUCUUAAAUUGUGACAAAAAAUUUAUACUCACUUGUCCAUGUCCACACUAAGCCAGCUAAAUUCGUGAACGCAUCUUCUUCUCUCCGUUUUGUUCCUCCCUCUUGACUAAAACAAAGCUUUUCCAAAGCGUCCUCCAGAGGAAGUAAACGUGAAAACGCCGGCUUGGUGUCGUAGUGUGUACGGGGAAAACGGAGCUUUGUAGAAACGCUGUUAAAUCGCCGACAAAACAGAUGGCGGCAGUAGCGCAGUGUUUCAAGAAGAAGAAACACAGUGACAACAAUAACAACAACGAUGGCAGACGACUUCAUGCAAAUGUUGUUCUCUUUAUUGUCUACUUUGAUAGCUUGUUUAGAGUUAAACGUAGUUAUCUACCACCCUUCUCUUGUUGAAACUGUUAUCAGCUCGCAAUAAACUAAAUGUCAGGAAGCCGUUGCAGAAACGGGAACAGUAUGCCGUUUCUUUUUCGCUGGUUUUCUGUGGCUGACUUGCUCAGUUCCAGUAGGAGGAGAAUUACUGAAAUCCCUACUGUGGACGCAUGUUGUUUUUUCUUCUGCGUUUUAGAAUUUAGCCGACUUAAUGUAGACGUUGUCUUAUUCGCAGCCCCCUGGUGGUGGAAGUCACUUCUUCCAUUUCAGGCCGACUCUGAACUAAAAUCUUUGGGAAACAGAGCGUCAGUGCAUGCUGUCAGUGUUUAGAAGCUUAUAGUUAGUGAACGCUGCUGUACUCGAGACUGUGCCUGAAGCAAUAAACACAUUGUUGAGCUUUUUAAAAUUAUCGUGUAGA